AAAUACAAUCUACUUAUAUUAUGUCUACAAGAGCAAGAAGAACGGCAUUAAAAAGCAUGACUAUUAUGAGAGGAUGAUAAAAAGCAAUCAUUAUGCGAGUCUACUGAGAAUGAUUUACGCGUUUAUUGAAUCUGUCCCCCAACUAGUUCUACAAUUCUACCUCAUCGUCAAAGAACAUGAGAAUCCGAAGGACUGUGAAGACAUAUCGAUUUAUAGACAUAUAAUUCGACGGUCAUCAGUUCUCUUCUCCUGGGUAUCUGUCACGUGGUCUGUGACUGCUUCAUAUCAAGCAAUCCGCGUGAGCAAUGCUAUGUACAAACCCAGGCAAAAAACAGUCUUUGCUGCAACGGGAUGCUUUCUCUGGAGAGCAUUUGAAAUAGGACCAAGAGUAAUGGCGUUAGUAAUGCUUAUUCUCGUAAACAGCUUCGGUUUUGCAGUAACAGUAGUCUUUCAUUGGAUUGCUAUGGUCACGUGGUCAUUUGCGACGACGGAAAUGAGGCUUUACAAGAAAACCUACGAAAACAUUAUCUUUAUCUUAUUUGUUGGAUUUGUGCAGAUUUUUUCUUUCAUGAUAUUCAGGCCCAGUAAAUCUCAAGAAGAUGCAAAGAGUACCAAUCCCAAUAAAACUCGAAAGGAUGCUAAGAACGACAAUUCCAUUCAAACUGAAUAUCAUGCCCUUUUUUAUUAUUUUUUUGUUUACAUUGAGAAUACUAUUAUACUGAUUUUAUGGAUUUUAGUUAAAAAUAAUUCCUUUUGUCCGUGGAUUUAUCACAGGUCAAUUGGCAUUGUUUCUGGUGGACUUAUUUGUAAUAUAGUUUUUAUGAUAUUUUAUAAACUAUGUAACCCAAAAGCAUCCAUUUGGUGA